CUGGGAAUUAGCACCGACUCCAGACUAAACAGUUUGGGUUAUUUUUGUUCUUCGGUGAUUUAUACAUCAUGGAGAACCAAAGUUACGGGUAUAGCUCUUCUUCAAGAGGAUUUUCAUCUUCAAAUAAUGAAAGAAAGCCUAAGGCCGCAGGAAUACUCCAUGUAAUGCCAUGCACUGUGUCUCAACUCCUGUCAGCCACAGAACACGCCACCGACUCCUUCUUUAUCCGGAACACAGAACUGAACCAGGUGACUGUGGUGGGUUUGAUCAGAAAAACCAAACCGAUGCUAACACAUCUUAUGUAUUCUCUGGAUGAUAUGACUGGCCCCUUUCUCGAUGUCAAACAGUGGCUGACUCCUGAGCAGGAUGUCAAUAUGAACCAUUUUGUUAUUCCUCCUGGGACAUAUGUCAAAGUAGUGGGAAGUCUCCGGUCUUUUCAGCGCCACAGGUUCGUGGUAGCGUUCAAGAUCCACCAACUGGACAACUAUAAUGAGAUAACGUCACACAUGUUGGAGGUGAUUCAGGCCCAUCUGCAUAAUGAUCGAAGCUCAUGCAGUAGGAUGAAGAACGAGACAAUGACCUCAGCUAUAAUAAACACAUCAAAUGCAAGUGACCCAGCCACCAUUGGGUUUACAGCCAAUCAGAGGCAGGUAUUUACUUUGAUUAAGAGCUGCGCUUUGGCCGAGGGCAUCAGUGUGCAGCGCCUGAUGAGUUCACUCAAAUACCUCUCCUUCCAUGACGUCAGGGCUUGCCUGCAGUUUCUUAUAAAUGAAGGACACAUUUUCUCCACAGUUGAUGACUGCCAUUUCAAGUGUACUUACGACUAAAAUGAUUUAAGCACAAUCCAAGUUUUUUUUUUUUUUAAGUGAGCGACUUUAAUGGCGAUGUAAAUGUAAAAAAA